GAUUGGUUUUAAUGCUAAUCUAGGAAUUCAGAUAUAGAUUCUUUAGAUUUGCAUGCUUUGCUUACCCUAAUUUAUGAUAUCUACCUUUUUAUUUGUAAACUAACAAUAGCUAAAUUCAGAUCAGAAUUUUAACAGAAAUAUUAUUUACAUUAAAAAUUGUGGGUUUUUUUAUUGUCACAUGGCAUUAACAUAAAGAAAGUAUCACAAAGGUGACAUGACACCUUGAGUUGUGAAAACGACGUCAGGUGUUUCCUGACCUGUCGUUAUUACGUUGGUUAAAGGAAAACCACUCAUUGGAACGGCUUCUCUACUCUGGUAUUGUGACACUAAGUGGAAAAUCAGAGGGUGGCGGCCUCUGUGACAGUCGGUCCUGAAGCUCCCUGGGAGGAAAUCUUGAGCAAAUUAAAUUGAAUGCUCCGUUCAAAACAUUCUCACAGGAAAUGGUGUUGGGUGACCGUUUGAUUCAUUCUUGACACUUUGGCAAACUGUUUGAAUUUGUGGGUGAGAUUACUUUCUUGUCAUGUGCUAGUUUUCUGAUUCUGAAAGAUUAGCAAGAGGGCUGGGUGUGGCUCUGUGGUUGAGAGCUUGUCUGGCUGUGUAAGGCCUAGGUUUGAUCCUCAGCACUGCUGAGAGUCACCUGCCUGGGGUGGAACCGUUUGCCUCCCUCUUGGAGGCGAUUACAGAGCUGGGAUUGACAGGCAGGAGCAGCAUAUGGAGCUCAGCCCCAUGAAAGUCUGCUCCCACCAGCCUCCUUCUCAACUCCAUGUCAGCCUCAGCAAGACUAGGCUUCUUAAUAGACUCCCCAUUUUAGUAUUUUGUGUGUGGAUGUUAGCAUCAGAGAGAGUGGGUAAGGGCUGAGGCUCACUCUUACACAGUUGUGCCGUUUCUCCCGGGUGAUUGAUCUUCAUUGGCACUUCAUUAGCGUCUGUCUGCAGGACCCAGUUAGUUCUGUGUGGUGAAUGUUGGUGAAUCACAGGCUGAAAGGGUGGACUGUUAACAAGCACUUGACCCAAAGUAAAGUGGACAUAGAAGUCGUGAAUGAGUUGUGUCCUUAAUUCAUGUGCCCACCUCCUUUAGAAGACAAGGGCAGGGGAAGCUGAGGUGCCUCCUUAAACUGGGAGCACUGCAUAGAGGUCAGAGGUGCAGUGAACCUGUAGAGUCUAACCAAGACCGCUGUGCAAGCCUCGAAUGAAUGAAAAUUAGGAAAGGGAGUUGGAAGCCCUCGCAAGCAGUUCUCAUUCUUCAUGCUCCCGCCUACGGAUCCCACUGGGAGGCUCUCCGAUGGAGGCGCAGCAGGUGGUGAGAUGGGAAUGCUUGGUCUGAUGGUUUCCUUGGUAUCUAAUACUUUGUGAUAGAAAGUUAUCUUUUUUGUUAGACUCUAUCAUGAAUCCAGUAGUGAUAAGACAGCAAGGAGGACCUUGAGGGCGCUGGUUGAUGGGAGGUGAGCAGUCUCGUGUUUGUCAGCAGCUCUGACUCUGGCCUGCGGAUGGAGGGCCCCUGAGCAAAGGAUGGCCUUUCAUGUCUAGAUGCCAGUUUAACCGGAACCAAAAUGAGAAAUAAUGGACAUUGUAUGUAAAGGUCCAUGUGACUCAAAUUUCACUGUCCAUAAGGGAUGAUAGGACAUGACACACUGACUGUGUGGAGCUGCUUUCAGGCUGCAGGAGCUGAGUGUUUGUGCGAGAGAGUGUGUUCUGUUCAAAGGGAAAGAGCACUGUAUCCUGAGCUAGACGGUCCCUGCCAGUCAGUUCAGGCCAGCUGCCCUGUGGAGGUCUUUGAUUUGAUUGGACAAGACUGAGGGUCUGUCACUCAGGAGUAGAGACUACAAGUGGUGAGUGGAGGUGAGCAAGAGAGGAAGUGGUGGACACUGAAAUAGACGGCAAAUGGAGGGUGGUGGCUGGUGCUUGAUGUACCAGCAUCACCGAACAGAUCUUCAGCUUGUGAAGGCAAAUGUUCAACUACUGUGUGAUCAGUCCUGAGCAACACAGGACACCAUAUUAGAGUCAGAAGGGUGCUUUAUAUUCUAUUUUCUGAUAUGUAAAGAUAUACAAUGCUACACAGUAGUGCCACUUAAAAUGGAACAAAAUUAUUGUCUCUGCAAGCAUUGUGUAGUACAGAUUCUGAUGUGUCCAGUUCGCCUUCUGGAAUUUGUUGUUUCUGUUUGUGUUUACUUCUGGUCCUUCAGAAUUACAUGAGCUCAGCUUGACCUUUGGCUCCACCUGCUGCUGCACCGGUGGAUGGGCUCUCAUCUUUUUGAGCUUUUCUCUUAAGUUGGAAAGUUGGACCCUGUAAACAUCUAGAAGUUGGUUGUCUCUGGUGUAAGCAGAGGAAAGUACCAGCGAUGACGGCUCCCUGGGCGAUCAGGGGGUCAGCUGUUAGCCAGCCCACUGCGGUUUAUGUUGCAGAUUUCCUAGUGCAUUACUUACCCUACUGUUGAAUGUUGGCUUCUCGUGUCUGUGUUCUUUCAGUUUGGUGAACAAGACCAUACGUACCCAUAGAUAGAAAUGAUCAUUUGGGGGCUAGUGAGACAGUGAGUUCAGUCCCCAGAACCCAUAUGGUAGAAGAAGACGGUCUAACAAGUUGUCUUCUGACCUCCACACAUGGGCCAUAGUACACGUGUGUACACACACACACACGCACACACACACACACGCACACACACACGUAACAAUAAAGAGAUCGUUACAGAUUUUGUCUGUAGUGUUGCUUGUCUUCAAAUUCUGAAGACAUUUAAAUUUUUCACAUAAUUGUUUUUUGACAAGUAGAUGUGUCUAGACCAUCUUCACUCUGCUGUCUGAUAAGCUCCACACUUUUAUAAGAAUCGUAAGCCUUGUGGCUGUGUGGGGCAAUUAAAAUCUGUGUCGUGUUGUGAUGACAGGUGGGCUUUGUUUAGGCCAUGUAUUAAAUCAUGUUUUCUUUUUAUUUACGUGUCAGUAAAGAUGCUGGAAUGAAUGUACAUCACAGUUACUGUGCUGAAGUCUUAACCACGUCAACUUUAGUUUUUACUAGUCCUGUGAAUAAUUGCAUUUUAUUUUUAAGGAAGUGCUACUGAUUUCUGGGAUUCUCAAGUCUUGCCUCUUUGUAUUUCAUUAAACUGGACUUGAGGCCUGGUAAGAUCACUCAGUAAAGUGUUUGUUAUGCAGGCAUCAGGACCUCUGGAGACAGGUAGCUCCCUUGAGCUCCUGGCCAGCCAGUCUAGCCACAUCAGUCAACUCCUGGUUCUCCAAACACAAGAUGGAGAAUGGUUGAAAAAGUCAGUCAGCCUCUGCUCUCCACACACACACCAACACUACACCCAUGUGCACCACACCUACCACAAACUGAGCUUGAGUCUGCCUUCCAGAUAGGUAUUACAAUUAAUGAGUGUCCAAAACACAUUCUGCAGCUGGAGCCUUGUGCAUGUGACCACUGGAAAUAGAGUAUAAGGCUGUGAUUAUCCUUGUAAACUAAGAACUGUUAUUUGUCCCUGAGCCUUUAGAUUUUGUGCUCCAAUUUUAAGUUUGUUUGUUUGUUUGUUUGUUGCCUUAACAGUAACCCUAACAAGCACAAGCGUCAGGGUUUGGAUUGGUCAUCUCUGAUACAAAGCGAGGCCUUCAUUUCAUCACGUCUUGGUUGGGCGUGAAGAAUAGCUGACUGAAUAGCCUGAGAAAUGCCAGUGGCCUGACUGCAGCAGACAUUGCACAAACCCAGGGCUUCCAAGAGUGCACCCAGUUUCUCUUGAGCCUCCAGAGCCAACAGAUGAGCCGUUUCUGUCAGAAUGGCGCCUUGAGUGGAGGUCAUGAGAACAUGCUUCCCAAUCACAUUAGCCUGGGAACAAAUCGAAAGAGAUGCUUGGAAGACUCAGAAUCUUUGGGAGUAAAGAAAGCUAGAACCGGAGUUCCCAGCCUGGAUCACACCGUGCCUCUAGCAAAUGGCGAGGCUGAAGAGGACGCCGACAGAAUGCACGUUGACAGAGAGUUUGCUGCCGUAUCAGAUGUGAAAAACAGUAGCUCCGUGUUGAAUACAUUGACAAAUGGAAGUGUCAUCAAUGGACAUUUGGACUUCCCCUGCGUGACACAGCUCAAUGGGAUGGAGAGCAGGAGUAACCCGUGCUUAACAGGAUCUAAUGGAAUUAGCAAUGGACAGCCAUUUCCCAGUGGCCAGGGUUCGGUCUGUGCUAAUGGGACUGAAGAGCCAGAAAAGACCAUGGGCAUUAACCCUGAGAUGUGUGGGUCUCUGCAUCUGAACGGGAGCCCGAGUAGCUGUGUGGCCAGCAGGCCGUCCUGGGUUGGGGACGUGGGAGAGAACUUGCACUAUGGACACUACCAUGGGUUUGGGGACACUGCAGAGAGCAUCCCUGAGCUGAGCAGCGUGCUCGAGCACUCGAGCUGCGUGCGGGUGGAGCAGCGUUACGACAGCGCCGUCCUGGGCACCAUGCAGCUGCACCACGGCUCCUGAGCCCGGCCGGCGGCGGCCUGCCUCAGCUCCACCGCAGUUCCCGUGAGUGCUGCUGCAGCAGACGGCUUCCAGUGCAGGCGCUUCACACGGGCGGUGUGCUCCUGCAAGAGCACUGGGGGGCUCGCCUUUUUUUGACACCAGCCUCUUGUUUCUUUGUGAAUUCUAGUGGAUCAGGAUGACUUGGGUUAGUAAAUGAGGUGCCUGGUGACACAGCACCAUAUCCAGUCAUUUACCAGACAACACAGCUCUUCUGUGCAGGCUGCAACCGUACAGUGGUGUGUGCAGCGACCCAGGAGGAGCAGCGUCAGUGGCCAGGGCCCAGUAGUCUCCCUGUUUCCUGUGUAGACCGACCACUGCCUGUGUUUCCUUAGGACAGGCUCUGCCUGGGGUGGAUUAGGGUGGUUGUGUUUUUACUCCACAUUUCUACUUGGUCUCUGGACUUUUUACCACAGAUAAUGGUUUCCUUUAUAUUUAGUGGAAGUCGCUGUUUGUAGGAACUGUCAGGUCAGAUAUUUUACUAUGGUGACCUAUUUUUUUGUUACUGUUUUUUGAGGUUUUCUGCUUAAAUAUAUAUAUACUACUAUAUAUCCAGUUAACUGAGAGAAUUUUGGAUUUCUCUUAUUAAAACUGCAUUAAAUUUAUGGUUUUAUAGAAAUUAGCUUUUGUUUAGGCACCUAGUGGUUACACUGCAAAUACCGCAAUGACUUCUGAUUUUUGUAAUAACAAUUGGUGCAGAUAAACUGUGAGAUGAAGAAACCAAUGCUUUAAGAAUGUACUAGCAUUUUGUUUUUAAACUGUUCUUUACAAAUUGAAUAAAAAAAAAACCACUGCU